AUGUUUGGCCAAGGACAAGACAAAGUGUUUGAGGAAAUACUGAAGUCUUCCUGCUCAGAGCUAGAAAAGGCAAGAGAGAUUCUGCAAAACAUCAUCUCUCGAAAGAUCUACAAGUUUGCUGGUGAGAGAAAGCCAAAGGACCCCAUCAAGGAUUGGGAAAGCCUGAUUCCUAGCUGGAAAAAAGGACUGGCUGAGGGAGAAAGAAACCUGACACCAAAGGACUUUGAAAUCCUGGUCAUUGAAAUGGACUAUGGCAUGGACGACAAGGACCCUAUCCAACAUGUUCAUUUCUACAGCAAAUCUGAGCUUGACAAGGCAAAGCCAAUGCCCGAAGAAAAGCUGGUUGCGCUGUGCCAGCCUCGGUUACAUCCAGCCGAAAGACCGGACAUCCCGCAGAACUACGGAGGAAGAGAAGGGGAUGCAGAGCCGGAGUGA